AUGAGGGCGAAUAGUGCUCCUUCGAGGUGUAGACCACAAAAGAACCCGGGCAGUGGGGCUUGUAGCAGAGGUGCUCCUAGAGAUAUAGCUGUGAGGUCUGAGGGCCAAGUGCCUACAAGGACUUAUGUCAUUCGUGCUAGUGAAGAGGCAUCUUCACCAUAUGUGAUCAUGGGUGAACCAUAUAUCUCAUCAGUAUUGAUCUCGUCUUUGACUGCCGAGAAAUAUUUGAGAAAAGGGUAUGAGUCCUGCCAAGCAUUUGUGUUGAACACUAAAGAGUCUGAAGUGAAAAUUGAGAUAGUGCCUGUAGUAUGUGAGUUUACAGAUGUGUUUCCAAAGGAAUUACCCGGACUGCCUCCAAAUACUGAGCAAAGGCAUCUCAGAAAGGUGGUAUCUGAUGUUGCUUUGGAAAUGGAGAGGUAUAUAAAUACAGCAUCUUCUUCAACAGAAAUUGACGAUGAGGUGAAGCAAGCCGAAUGCGAAUGUUGUGGGCUCGAAGAGGAUUGCACCGCCGAUUACAUCAGGAGAGUGAAGGGUCGGCAUUGCGGGAAAUGGGUGUGCGGGCUGUGCUCGGAAGCUGUGAACGAAAGGCUGUACCGAAGUCCCAUGGUCGGCAUGGAAGAGGCAGUGAGGUGUCAAAGGGAGUUUUGCCAGAGAUUCAACAGCACCACGCGGCUCAAUCCCAAGCUGUCCCUCACUUGCGCCAUGAGGGAUAUAGCUAAAAGAAGCAACCAGAAUCGAAGCUCCAACACACCAAAUAAGAUUGGCAGAAGCAAUAGCUGUGUCCCCAAGAUCAAUCUUAAUAACCACUCACUGGUUUAAACACCUUCCUUCCUUACACAAUGCUUUUAAACUUAUCAACUAUAAUAGUACCGUCAAUAAAUCAUAUAUGGGUUUAUUUUUAAAA